UUUGAGUUAAAGUAGUACCACAAUUUUGUUUUAAUCACAUACGCGCGAUUCUGUGGGUGUGUCUAUGCACCUCCUUCGCGUAGUUCGAAUUCUGAGGCUGUGUGUUCUGCAAAAAUACCAUUUUCUUUGUUUAUUCACGCAAAUUUUUCGCAGAAGUCUGCUGCUUGGAAAAUUAAAUCUAUUUGUGUUCUUUGGAUUUUGAGACUUUUUGCGUUUACUUCUGUGAAAAGCCAUUGAAUUGCUUUGAUUGGAAAUAAGGAAAAUAUCUUUUGAACGUUGGCAAAACACUUAUGUACAUAUACCACUGCUCGAAGUCUGGAAAAAUACUAAAAGAAAGAAAUGUAAUGAAUUGGAUGUUAAGAAAAUCAACUAAUAAAUAACUAUUAAUUGGAACUCAAAAAAGUCUUCAAACAUACUUCAUACCUACAUACAUCUAUGUAAAGUUGAUAUAUAAACAAAGAACGACUUAAUAUUUUUUAUACAUAUAAAAUCGUAUUGGAAUUGUACUGAACGCGCAAAUAUCGAACUCGUGCCCAACAAUAGCUUGUGAUAUAUAGUACACAAAUACACAAGAAUAAAGUCACACGUAUAGCAAUCAUUACGACUGCAACAGAAUAUAAUCAAAGACAAUAUAAAAGUGACGUCGUUAAGCAACAAAAAAAUCGGAUAGCGAAGGCGCUGUCAAAGCUAAAUAGCAACUCAAAGAAUAACGCUCAUUACACUGUAUAACAAGAAAAUAUAAUCACAAGUAAAUUGAAAAAAAAAAAAAAAAAAAAAAAUCGCCCAAGUAAACUUCAACUCAGCACAAAAACGCCAACGACAUUGCCACUACAAACUCAACACAAAAGAAUUUCAACACAAAGCAAAGCUACUAAAUAAGCGCAUAUAUCGAUAAUCAUCGUCAUCAUUAGCCAUUAUCAUCGUCAGAUCAUCAGCAUACGUGCAUACGUAUUCGACUGGCUUCCAGUCCCACAAAACCACACCACUGUUCAUUGCACAGCAGAGGUGAGAGUGCGUUCGUACGUAACGCUGCAGUAAAUACCCCCACUCCUUACCAGCGUAGGCCAACACUCACGUCAUAGGCACAGCCGCAGUCGCAGUCGCAGUCACAGCCACAACCCGAACCAACAGCCAUGGAUUUUGAUCAGAUACUCUCGAAAUGCGGCGAUUUCAGUCGUUAUCAAUUUAUGUUGUUGACGCUAUUCGGUGUCAUCAAUUUCAUCGUCUCACUACACUAUUUUACUCAAACUGUGAUAAGUUUUGUGCCCGAUCAUUGGUGUUACCAUGAGAAAUUAGCGAAUAAGUCAUUCGAUGAGAUUGCAGAGAUUUACUCGAAAUUCGCGAAUCCUUCGUGUACGCGACUACUGGACAUCGAUGGCGCCAAUGUGACGGUGAGUCCAGAGCGUUGUACGCGUUGGAUCUACAAGUAUGAUUACGGUUAUAGGAGCAUGAACACAGAGCUAAAUUGGGUCUGUGAUUCGGCGUAUAAGGCGCGCGUUGGACAAUCGCUGUUCUUUAUUGGUUCCGUUGUGGGAACCCUCUUUUAUGGUCUACUAUCGGAUAAGAUAGGUCGCUUGCCCGCCUUGAUACUUUCAAACUUUUCGGGCUUCAUUGGUGAUUUUUCGACAAUAUUCUCAAGAAGCGUAACGACGUUUUCACUGUGUCGCUUCAUUUCUGGCAUGGCAGCAGAUACGAACUUUUACCUCAUGUACAUUAUUGUACUCGAAUACAUCCGUCCGUCGAUGCGUACACUUGGACUGAACUUGGCCGUCGGCGUUUUCUACACAAUCGGUCUAGUCAUUACGCCAUGGUUAGCCGUGCUCGUUGGCCAUUGGCAACUUUACUUAGCCUGUACUUCACUGCCAAUACUCUCUGUGGUGCUGUAUUAUUUUGUAGUGCAAGAGAGCGCACAAUGGUUGGUCACAAGAAAUGAUGUAGAUGGUGCUAUAAAGCGUUUGAAACGCGUUGCACGAUUUAAUAAGCGUAAAGUAACGCCAACGGAAUUCGAGGAGUUUCGCAAACAUUGCGAAAAGCAGCGUCAGAAAAUGGGCGGUGACGAUCAAGUGCAUUCGACGCUAUUGGAUAUGUUCAGAACGCCACGCAUGCGCAAACAUACGCUGAUCUUAUUUUUUAAGUCCAUGGUCAUCACGCUCUGCUACGAUGCCGUUUCACGUAAUGUCGAAGGCAUGGGCAUCUCACCAUUCAUCAUGUUCUCGCUGAGCGCCAUUGCCGUACUACCUUCGAGUAUUAUCGUCAUACUGCUGCAGGAUCGUAUCGGACGCAAAGGUAUGGCGGCUGGUUCAUUGCUUGUCGGCGGCUUAUUCACCACCAUGGCAGGCAUAGCGAUCGCCUAUCAGCAACACAAUCACAAUGCGGUGCUGCUGGCGUGCCUAACGAUAGCGGCACGUUUCGGUGUAGCGAUCUCAUACGAGUCAGGAUCACAAUAUGCUACCGAGCUAAUACCGACCUGCGUGCGUGGUCAAGGUGUGGCAGCGGUGCAUGUGGCUGGAUUUGCGGCAUCCUUUUUGGCGCCAUACAUCCUAUGGUUGGGUACAUUCUUCAAAGCGGCGCCUUCGAUAAUUUUGGGUGUACUCUUCUUCACCGGCUCCUUUGUGUGCUUGCUCUUGCCCGAAACGCUGAAUAGAACGCUGCCAAAGACCGUCGAGGAGGGUGAGGUAUUCGGCAAAGGUGAACGCAUGUUCGAUUUCCCAUGUCUUUCGCAAAAGGGCGCACAAUCAGAGGAGGAGGAGGCGUACGAACGAAAGCAAUCGUUAACGGUUUUCGAUCGUGGCGAUGAUUCGGCCGAUGAGAACCUCAACAGUGCGGCGUAAAAGAGUGUGUGUGUACGCAAUAGGAAUGUAUUUGCCGUUAGCUUCCGUAGAUGUUAAGCGUAAAUAUUACAAAAAAAAAAAAAAUUUAUGAAUAUUAACCUGCACAUAAACGUCAAACACAAAAUUAAUAUUUUUUCUUAGUAAUUUAAUUUCAUUAGUAAACGUCAUUAGUUUUUAAGUACUUACCAGUAAUAAUUUAGAUCUUAAGUACUUAGUGACAGAAGCCUUAUUUAUAAGAUACAAUAGUUCGAAAACGCAUAUGAAAACUGGAAUAUCAAAAAAAUGCUAAAUUAUUGAAAAUAUUUGCUUGAAUGCAAUUUUUUUUAUAAAAGUUUGUAUAUUAAAAUAAUAUUUUUGCAUUCAUUGUAAAAACAAUUAACAGUGUUUAGGGAAG